CUCGUACAAAACCAAAGUCUUGAUGGGCUUUUUGAAAAAGAUUCAUCGAGAGACGUCGGGUCACAAAGACCACAAGAGCACCAGUGGCAGCCGUGCAAAAGAAGAUUGGUUAUCGGCCGAGCAAGACUCGAGCAAUGGCCGGAUAGCCCUUUGUCAACUCCUACGAGACGGCCUGAUGUCCCUUUUCGAGGAGCCUUGGUUCACGCGAAUCUGGAUCGUGCAAGAGGUCUUCCAUACUCGCGCGGCCUCGGUAUGCUGCGGCAGAUGGUCCGCCCCGGCUCAUAUGCUCGCGACUGGCGCAAUACUCGUCGGAGUCAAAUCAAGCUCUCAAGUUGGGGCUGUUCUGGACUUGGUGCCAAUCCCUUCAAUGGGGGGAUCUGCAAAGGCAAAGAGUCUACAAGCUUUACUGCUGUAGUUCCGAGGAAGCCGUGCAACCGAUACCCGAGAUAUCGUUUACGCCUUGCUGGGGAUCUCCUCGGACAUCCCGGAAGGCGACCCUAAGGGUCUAUUGCUGCCGGAUUAUUUCAAGUCCUCAAGUCCGAAAGUAAACUCGUGCUGUGCCUCGAAAUAUUUCUCUGUGGCGACAUGGAAGGGCCACUAGGCUUCAGCAACGUGGUGGCGUUUCUCACGGCGCUGCCUGAGUUAAUGAAUGAAACGGUCAGGAACGCUCUCACAAAUAAGGGCAUGGCAGGGCUACCACGCUUCUCGGAAAGACGAGGUAAAUUCCCAAAUACUUCUGGGUCUCGGUGAUGAGCGAAUGUGUCAAGAGUUAUAGCACACAGUAAGGCCUACAAGAAUAGGAUCAAGAAAGG